CACAGGCACUCAAAACCCUGUCUGUGCUUGGUAUAUUAGGCAGCCAGUGCUCUUGGCUGGGAGCCCAGACGAGGCUUUUGUAAUCAAAACAUGAUCUUGUAUGCUGUGCAACCAGUGCUGAGAAAGGCCGUCUGAUGGCUCUCCUCUUUUAGCUCUGCUCUGGAAUCCGCCGGGCUUCGCCGCCGAUGUCCAACAUGCACCGAGCUGAUGCUGUGGAUGAUGCAGUGUUAAGGAAGAAAGAGCAGAAAGAUGUUGAACUCGAUAAGAAAAUCUUGGCUUUGCGGAAAAAGAACGAAGCUCUCAUACGAAGAUACCAGGAAAUAGAAGAGGACAAAAAGCGAGCUGAGCAGGAGGGAAUGGCUGUUACCUCCAGGAGACCCAAGCAGGAUGGACUCACUAUUACCAUCACCAAAGCUCACAAUGACCUGAAAGAUGCAAUUACCCAGACUGAACACUAUGGACAAGAUAGCCCAGCCCUCUCGAUGGACAAAAGGGUGGUGAGCGAGAAAUGGGGGAGCCCCUGUCCUACAAGCCCAGGGUUUGGCAUUGGCAGCGAGGAAGAGGAGGAGGAGGAGGAAGCGGAUCAUAUGUUCACAUUCAGGAUGGGGAAGAGGAUGCAGUUGGCUGUUACCAUGGACAACAAAGCCAAGGGCAAGCGGAUCGUCAGUGAGAAACGCACCGAGUGCUUCCCUGGCCCAGGCAGAGUGCCAGACCUGAGUGAAGAAGAGACAGACCAUUUGGUGGCUUUCCGCCGAGGGAGAAGAAUGCAGAUUGCCAUCACCAUGGAUAACAAGGAAAAGGCGGAGGAGAGGAGAACAGCAGAGAAGCGGAGAUCAGACAGUGACAGAGGCCCAGAAAGUGAGCACAGCCGGAAGGACGGUGGGAAGUCAGGCCAGAAGAGCCCUGGAGACCUGAGUUUCCCCAUGACUGGACGGGAACGCUCGGAGUACAUACGCUGGAAGAGGGAGCGAGAUCAGAUUGACCUGGAGCGACUGGCACGUCACAAGAACGCGAAGGGCGAGUGGAGACGGGCUUGGGAUGUGGAGAAGUCAGAGCACAUGUUUGAAGAGGACUUUGUUAAGGAUGGGGAGCCAGCCUUGGAUAAUCCCAGCAAUAAGAAAGGGGGAAGAAACGCAAGGAAAUUCCAGCACAGGUCCUUUCCUCCCGACGGGAGAGGCGGAGGACAUCAUGGAGUGAAUGUGAGCGAUCCUGGUCCGAAAACAGUGCCUGCUGUGAGCAGCCGAGCCAAAGGAAAGGACAGACUGACUGGCAGAGCCAGAAGAUGGGAUGCAAAAGAAGGCGAGGACAUGUCUUUUCUGAAGGAUGACCUUGACAGCCAGAGGAGCCUUGGUAUGGACAAGCGGAAGAGCAGAGGUGAUGAGGGGGUGGAAGAGAACUGCACUGCUGAGCUGGAGGAGAAGGUGAAACAGCCAAGCCCCCAAGAUCAUGGGGCCUCCUCAUCACAAAGGCUACGAAGUGGAAAGGUCCAGUCUGCCUACAAUGGCCAGAAGGAGGAGCAGAGAGGAGUGAAGGGCUUUGGCGUGGAGGUGUCUGUGGCCAGCACAGGUGACUCAGAGCCAGGGCUCAAGCCAAGUAAGGAAAGCGCUGGGGAAGAUGCCAGUGGGAAGCCUGGCACUGCUGACAUCGCCCAGGAGAAGGAGAGCACUAACAGCACUGCUUCACAGAACAGCCUCCCAAGCACUGUGCAAGCCACCGGGCAUGGCAGUGAGGAGACCUUGUCAUUGCCCGUGGGCUCGAAUUUAGACGGAGCUGGCUUAGAGAAAAACACAGCCUCAGAGCAACAGUCCACUGAGGACUCUUCAAACAGCCAUGGAGGAAAGCUGGACAGAGCAGCAGGAGACAGACUGGAUGCAGGUCAAGGACAGCUGGUGAGAAAAAGAGGGGAGGAAAUGACCCAAAACACUGCCCUUCAGGGGCAGACACUUGCACUGAAAGGAGGUGAAGAUGCUGAAGGCACUGAACACAGAGGAGAGCCUUUGCACCCAGGGAAAGCCAACUCUGACAAGACUGUUGUAUCUGAGCAGGACACAGCAAAAUCACAGUCCAGGGAAGGAGACCAGCCUGAGGACUGCAAGGACAAAGACAGUGGGGACACUCCCAACUAGCAAAGGUUGCACCAGCUUGCCUGAGGCAGAAGGAUAACGUGCUGAAGGUGGUGGAUGAGAAGAGAAGAGGAGCACAAGCUCAUCCUCACUCUUUUACCUUCUAUGAAAUCAGCUUUCAGCACCUGCCCUGUGCCCUUUAGCACCUGUUCACGUGUGGGGUCCCCCAUCACCACCCCCACUCCCUGCUUUGGCAUCACCCUUUCCUCACCAUAUGCCAAAGGACAGGGAAGGAUACACACUCCCAACCUACCAAGAAACACCAUCACUUAAUCUUUUGUAUUUGUUUUGCCUAUAUUGCAGCUGUGUGGCAAGCCCAUGAAAUGUCUACCGGAUGCACUUUAUUUUAUUUAAUAACUAAUUCUGUUUAAAGUUAAGAUUUAGGUUUCUGGGCACAGCACCCAUUUCCUCCCCCCAGAUGCUGGUAGGGAACUGCAUGUGCCAGGAGGGCAGCCGGGGCUGUGCGAGCUCUCCCUCGCUGCUGGGCAGAGAGCAGGCGGCUGACAGAGCAUUGGGAGACAGGGUGAGAGGUGUUCCAUUGUAGUUCAGUAGGUGGAUGAAAAAGUAGUGUUCAGAGCAGCUCUUGUACUAGGGGUUUGUAUGUGGAUGAAGUGUUGGCAGAGAUGUAGAGCAGUUGCCUGGGCCAUGGGGCACAAAGGGGAUGGAGUUCUUCAGUUAGACUGGGGGGUGCAGGUGCUUUUGACGAGCACACGUCACCCACAGCAUCUCAUCCCCAAAGAGCUUGCCUUCCUCCUCCCGUUAGAUGUAGUAAGGCAGAAGCAGCGGUGGCUGAAUCUGCACAUCAGGAGACUGUGCUUUUUUCUGAGGAAGGUGGCUGCUAGAUUGAGCAGGCAUGUGGGCAGCUCACUGAAACACCAUGCCCACCUGGGAACACCAGGAAGGCUACAAGCACUGGAGAUACUUGCAGCUCUCUGUGCCAAGCAGGGCAAGGAGAAGGACCGCACAAAUGCAACAAUCUUCCUUCUCCACCACACUGCACAAAGGAGUUGGCAGCAGAACCCAGGCCAAAUUGGAGCCGGAGGUCUAAGGCUUCCUAGCAAAUGCUUUCACCUUUCUGGUUGUGCCUUUCAUAGCCUUGUGCUUCAAUAAGAGGGCAGCAGUUCCUCUGGAAGCUGCCAUGCAGACGUUUUGACCAGGACCUAGGACCUAGCUGAAAUACAGCUACCAGUUCAGGAGGCAGGCACAAGGAGUAACACAACGUAAUUUCUGACUGCUGAAAGAUAUUGCCCUCAUUUUGAAGCACGGCUCUAAGACUUGAUGCGGGAGUAAACGUACAUGCAGACAGGUAUGUGUGGAGAUUUAUUGGAUUUCAUUGCAGGAUGCAUUCGCUAACCAAAAUGGCAGACCGCCUUGGUGAUAAGGUUGGCAUGUGUGGACAGAAAUACUGUACGGUUUUAAUAAACUAAUAUUUGCACAGAUAAACAUUUUGGUUUUCCACAUAACUUAGACCCACAGCACCCAUCUCAUGAAGGACAAGCCUGAGAAUUUCCUCCCUGUGCCAAAUUCAGGAGAGUUUACUGGCUUCAGACUAGGUAUUACUGAGAAACAGUGGGCAGCUUUCAUGUUUUAUCUGUAGGAACAUCUUCAUCCCACUAAAGCCCAGACUGAGUUUAUUUGGACUUACCCAACAGAUAAAGAACAGAUAGAUAAAAGCCAGAUUGUAAAACUGCUCCAGGUCCUGGAGAUUCUCCAUCACUAUUAAAGGCUGAUUUUUCCUUAUCUGACUGGCUCAAAAACCAGCUUACUAUUGUUUAAUUUAUUAUUAUUUUUUUACAUCAGGUCACUGACCUCAGUCUUGGUCCAGUCAGACUGAGUCAUUACCAGCACAGAUCAGGAACCGGCUUGCCUCACGGUCCGUGCAAAAUACAGUCUCAGAUCAAGAGCUUGUUGUACCUCGGCAGCAGUUGGACACGCAGCCAGGCAGAAACUUUUACACAGCCCCUGGGUUUUUAUCUCUAUCGCCAAGUACUGGGCCAACUGCAAUUCUUGCUGUAUCUUCUCACCCUAGACCCCUUUUUGAAAGGAAAAAUGUCACUUUUCCUCCAAUCCCUCCUUUUUCUCCUGCAAAUCCAAGUAACUUUGCACUUAAUGGUGCCUAGGAAGGACUGAGUCUGUACCAAGCUCCAAGGAUGGGACUGUACAGAUUGUGCCUGUUCUCAGUGUAAUUUUUUCCCUGCUUAUUAACACUUUGCUCAAAUGCACUUUGGUUGGCGCCUGGAUUGCAAUUUUUCAGAAAACUGUGGCUAGCUGUUUCUUCUUUACAGUGAAAGGACUGAAAAGUUGAAAAAUCUGAUGUAGAGGGAUUAUUUAUAUGAAAUAAAAGUUGUAAUGAGGAAACAC